ACCCUGGUCUCUACACUACAGAAUACAGAUGAUAUUCAUAUUGUAUUGCAUGAGGUUAAAGCUGAGUAGGCUCUGACGUAGUAGGUAAUUUAGUUAUUGUAUCUACGUUCUUUUAUUCAUAAUCGUUAAUUAGUUUUAAAGCAACUGUCUAAGUAAACCAAAAUGAAAUCUGAACCAAGUGAUGACAGUUUGCUGAAAGUGAUACCAGUCUACCAUUCCAAACCUGAAGAUGGUGCGCUAUAUUUACUACAGCAUCCAACGCAGGUGGAAAGUACCUGGAAUAUGGACGGCUUCAUCACUAGUGCAAAGUUGCGCCCCUCAUGCCACCAGCUUGAGCUGGAGCAAAUGAUUGAGAACAACCAAGUAUACAACUCCAGUAUGGGACAGCAGCUUGCCCUCAAUGUUGAUGGAGUUCACAGAAACCACCGAGAUGAUAGCGAUAACUCUUUUCCAAGUGGGCUGAUGGACAAGUCUGUACUGAGGUCUGAAGGCUCAGUGGAGGACAUUGACCGCUACUGUGUUGGGGAGCUGAUCCCUGGUCUGGGCCUGGUGCUGGCCCCGCUGAGUGCCAUGCUGCCACUGCGGUCAGCCCUCGACUACCUGGACCAAGCAGACUCCAGGGUCAAGAAGGAGAAGAAAGCUGAGGAGGAAGCUGAAGAAGGCACGCGAUCCGAAGACGCCACGCGCGCCGUCACAGUGCGCUUUGAGCGCCCUGAGAACGACAGGAUGAGGAACGCACGCGAGCGCAGCUUCCUGCACCACCAGCGCAAGAUUAUGGAGGAGCCCUGGGUCAAACUGCAGUAUUCUGG